AUGUCCAGCCAACGAGUUGAUUCGCAGCACAAGGCAAUGGUGAUGCAUCGCAAGCCCAACAAGAGCAUGGUCUUUGCUGGCCCAAAACCUGGCUCUAAGCUUGCUGGAGCAGCUAUCCAUAGUAUUCGAAGUGGGACGUCGGGUGUGAUGCUGUUCCCAGGAGCAGAGAUGUUCGCGCGACACAAGUAUACCGCAAUUCACGAGCUAGCCGAUGUGUUCAAAGACCAUUGA